AGAAAAAAGGGGGACGAAGUUGUUCGCUCCGCGAUUCCCCACCGCCCAUUACGCCGGUGAAGGAUGCCCAACGGUGCGUCGCCCCCUUCCGCGCCGGCGGAGACGCUUGUUCGGUGACCGUACCUCGAUAGUUGCCAUCAGCCCAUCACUCUACUCAUUAUUAAUCUGCUGCCAUGACGACGCUGCUGCCGCAAACCGCCCGGGCCUCCCGGUCUCCGGUGAGCUCGCAGAUACUCGCCUCCGCCGCGCGCCAGGAGGCAUGCUUCCUCGCCACGGUUUCAUAAGCAUCGACUGUGGAUAUACUGCAAACCAGACCUACACAGAUAGCAGGACAGGCAUAUCAUAUGCAAGCGAUGAGGGUUACAUUGAUGCAGGACUGAUCCACCCUGUUGAUAAAAGUAAUCUGCAGACUGACCUUGCAGACCGAUACCUUAACCUUUGCUUCUUUCCCAGUGGAGAGCGUAACUGCUACACGCUGCGGUUCUUUACACUGGGUGGCAAGUACCUUGUCAGGGCUGCAUUUGGCUAUGGUGACUAUGAUAAACUAAACAAAAAUCCUACCUUUGAUCUCUAUUUUGGGGUCAAUUACUGGACAACAGUGACCAUUGUCAGUUCCAGUACAGCAUAUGUGUUUGAGAUAAUUGCCGUGUGCCCUGCCGACUUCCUACAAAUUUGCUUGGUGAAUAAAGGAUCGGGAACUCCUUUCAUCUCAGGGCUUGACUUGAGGUCACUGACAUCAGAUCUUUAUCUGGAGGCCAAUGUGACACAGUCUCUGGUUUUGCUCAGCUUUUUCCGUGAUACAGUUGGUUUUGGGCCCAACCGCUAUCACUUUGGGACAAACUAUCAACACAUUAGGUUCCCAGAUGACCCCUACGACCGUAUGUGGCAGAGGUAUGAAAACGUAGACGGCUGGACAGACGUACCCAACAAAUCCAAUGGGGAAAUAAAAAACUCCACAAACGACAACUAUGAUGCACCAUCUGCAGUGAUGCGUAGUGCAUCCACUCCAGUGAAUGACUCAAGGAUGGACUUAUCGUGGAGUUCAGAUUCUUCCAUGAAUGUUGGUGUUGACCCCAAGUUCUUUCUUGUACUCUACUUUGCCGAGUUGGAAGCAGUCCAAGAGUUAAGGCAAUUUGAUGUCUCUGUGGAUAACAACCCAUUAGCUUCUGCAUUCAGCCCAAAAUUCUUGCUGCCUACUGUUCUCUCAGGGAUUGUGCAAGGCUCAAACGAGCAUAGCGUCUCCCUUGUGGCAACAUCAAACUUGGCGCUUCAGCCUUUGAUCAGCGCGAUGGAGAUAUACAUGGUGCGGCCAGUGAAUGAAUCUAACUCUUUAGAUGGUUAUUUGGGCAGGGUUAGUUGAUUUGAUGAUAAUGCUUACAAGAUCCGUAGAAAAAUGCAAACUAACUUUCUUACAUUUGUUCUUUUGAGAACGUGCAAAAAGAAAUUGCACAUCUUUGCAUUAAGUGGCAUAAAAAACAUGUCAUCCAGUGGAUUGGUUGGUGAAAUUGAUGCUUCUUUUGGUCAGCUAACACUGCUCCAACACUUGGAUCUAUCUCACAACAGUCUGUCUGGAUCAAUACCUGUUUUUCUUGGUCAAGUGCCAGCACUUCAAUUUCUGUAUUUUCUUCGCCUCUUGCAGGGACUUGUCGAGCAACAACCUCAGUGGAUCAAUUCCUUGGAGUCUGCUAGAAAAAACUCAGCGUGGGCUUUUGACUUUAAGUUACGGUACAAUCUUUCACCUAUCAGUAUUCUGUUUUGCAGGGUCGACAAUAACCCAGAUCUGGCUCAUUCAACUAAUACAUUUGAGAACCGGAGAUUCACUUACAAGGAACUUAAGCACAUCACAAAUAACUUCAAUAGUGUAAUUGGAAGGGGCGGGUUUGGCCUUGUCUAUGUUGGUUGUUUGGAGAAUGGUGCUUUGGUUGCUGUGAAGAUGCGGUCAGAAACAUCUUCACAAGGGAAUACAGAGUUUUUGGCCGAGGCUCAGCAUCUGGCCAGGGUUCACCACAAGAACUUGGUCUCCUUGAUUGGCUAUUGCAAGGACAAGAAACAUUUAAGCCUUGUCUACGAGUACAUGGAUGAAGGAAACUUAGAGGACCGUCUCAGAGGUCAAGAAUCUCUUAAUUGGCUGCAGCGCCUUAAAAUUGCAUUGGACUCUGCUCACGGACUGGAGUACCUACACAAAUCUUGCAGCCCGCCAUUGAUCCACAGAGAUGUUAAGACCGGGAACAUCCUUCUUACCACAAAUCUCCAGGCCAAGUUAUCAGAUUUUGGGCUGACAAGGGCUUUCAGCAGUGAAAUGGUAACACACAUGACCACCCGACCUGCUGGUACCCUCGGAUACCUGGACCCGGAGUACUACGCCACCUCUCAUCUCAGCGAGAAGAGUGAUGUGUACAGCUUCGGCGUGGUCCUCCUGGUGCUCAUCACAGGCCAGCGAGCGAUCAUCACCAUUAGCGACACAGAGAGGAAUAAUAUCACUAUUUGGGCGCGCCACGGGCUGUCUGAAGGUGACAUUGACAGCGUGAUCGACCCGAGGAUAAGAGGGGACUGCGACAUCAACUCCGUGUGGAAGGUAGCGGAGCUGGCACUCCAAUGCACUCAGCACACGGGGCGGGACCGGCCAACGAUGACGGAGGUCGCGGAGGGGAUCAGCGAGAGCUUGCAGCUGGAGACCUCGUCGCGAUCCAUGAGGUGCAGCUCGAGUGGGACAGGCGGUUCAGCACUCGCUGACGGCGAGCCUGUUGGUGCGCUUGAGACGGAACUGAUUGGAGAAACAUCAGCGCGUUGAUUUUCCUGGAUUAGAGGUUUAAGCCAAUAUUGCUGAUAUAGGAAAACAUGUAGGCUUGAGACGUAGUAACUGAUUGGUGAGCUUGAAUAAAAUAGGUGCUACGAAGGUUUAUAGCAACCAAUGCAAAGUGGCAAGAAGACUUAACAACUAAUCUCCCUAGGCUAAGUGCAAGUGUAUUAGGGCAUGUACAAUGGUGGCAUAUGGAUACAUAUGUCCCAUAACAAAAAAUAAUUUGAGGCACCUACAUUAAA